AUGGCUCCCAAGAAAGCUCCCGCUGCCGCUGCUGAAAAGAAGGUCAAGAAGGCCCCCACAACCGAAAAGAAGAACAAGAAGAAGAGAUCAGAAACCUUCGCCAUCUACAUCUUCAAGGUCUUAAAGCAAGUCCACCCUGAUGUCGGUAUUUCCAAGAAGGCUAUGAACAUUAUGAACUCCUUCAUUAACGACUCCUUCGAAAGAAUCGCCUUAGAAUCCUCUAAGUUGGUCAGAUUCAACAAGAGAAGAACCCUCUCAUCCAGGGAAGUCUAAACCGCUGUCAAGCUCUUAUUACCCGGUGAACUCGCUAGACACGCCAUCUCCGAAGGUACCAAGGCCGUCACCAAGUUCUCUUCUUCUACCAACUGA